AUGCGGCGGUUGACUUCUCUCGACACAGCUGCACAGUCCGCCAACUACGCGAAACCGAAGCCUCAAACCCCGGAAAAGUCGACAAACGCGGUCGAAGAAAACGAGGGCCGCAGUUGCAAGAUUGAAGAGUCACCUCCUAUUAUAGACAACCAAACUCGCUUCACUACAAAAGAUGCGAGACCAUUGUACACGGACAAUCACACGAAUAUCGAACCUAUAGAUCCGGAGGUUCCUAUACCAAGUAUCGAAUCACCGACAUCCCAGAGCAGUUUUUCGAUCGCAUCUAUCAGUGACAAAGAUGAUCUCUCUGAUGUUGCAGCUUUACGACGACCUCCUCCGUACACUUCCAGGCGUUGGCCUCCAGGCCGCGCGUUGCCAGCUCUAGACAGCAUUCUACAAUGGGAUUGCAUCGCAUUUUGCAUUAUCGACGGAGUCAGAUUCAAAAGCGAUCUACUUACAGGGUCCAACAAAUACUGUUCGCCAGCUCUAGUCGAUGCUUUACUUGCGCUCUCCGUUGCUGUUUUCCGACAUGAUAUCUCGGAGGAUAUCUCCGGUUCCGAAGCGGAAACGCCAGCAUGGGAGAUCUUCAGCGUCAGCCUCGCCGAUGAAGUCAUACAGGCUCUGCAACGCGGUGCAUGGCUUCCAAAAGCUAUUCCUGAUAUACAAGCCCUCGGAGUAUUGGCGUUGCACUGCGCUUGUAACGGCUGGAGAGACAAGAGCCGCGAUUUCGCAAUGGAAUUUGCGGAGGCUAUCCGGACAUACUGCCUGCAGAACACUGGUUCGGAUGGGACCGUUGAGACUAUGCGCCGCAUCACCGCCAGCACAUACUGCGGCGCGAUAUCACUGAAUCGGAUGAUGGUUCAAAUUCAAGAAUAUGACGCGACUCUACCGCGCAGGUCAGGGGACCCGCGUGCCAAUCUUGCGGCAAUCGAAAAUGAAAACAUGCGCGGCCGCCGAAGCUGGACAGAGAAUCGGCUGCGGGCAACAUUGAUAAGCGAGCCAUUUGUUAACAGUCCUGAUUUGCACGGCCGAGACAUCUAUGGGAUUGCAGCACAGCUAUAUCAGCUGGUAGAGCUGGUUUUCAAAACGUGCUGCGAGCUAGAGAAUAACCGGACCUUUGCCAACGCUACUGCCACAUACACCAAAUGUCUUGAAUGGUAUCGAAACUUUUUUCGAUGUUCGAAAGCUUAUACGAGCCGUGAACCUCUCAUCCUAUUCGUACACACAUAUUAUCACUUUUGCAUUCUCAGCUUGUUUACACCGUACGUAACAAACGAGGCUCUGGUAUUCGAUGGGAGCUCACCGGGUAAGAUCUGCGAAGAGGCAGCCAAUAUCAUCUUGAAAUUGAUGAAGCACCAUGAGUGCUUGGCGGGCGAUACGGAACCCGUCGGCUUCAUGAGCUCGUUCAAUAAUGCCUCGCUUGAGUUUCUGCACCUUUACAACAGCAGCAUGAGGUAG